AUGGAUUUGAAUAACUACCAUUGGAAUGCAAGAGAGAAGAAGAAAGUGGCUGGUCUCCAUGAGAUUGAUAUAGUUACAUCAUUAGCUGCCCAAAUGGAGUCAUUGAGCAAGAAGUUAGACACUCUAACUUCUCUUAUAUUGGCAGCCGCGAUGAAUUGUAAUGAAUGUGGAGGACGCCAUGUUCCAUCCGACUGCCCGAUAGUUAUUGGUGAUAACCAUUUUGGUACUCGGCUACUAUCUGGGGAUUCGAGCAUAUCUUAUGAUGGUGACAGCUGGCACACAGUGUUUGAGACCUUUAUGAAAAGUGGAACACCAUCAGUGAGUGAAGGAAGCAUAUCACCAAUUGAACAGUUUGUUUUAACUACCGAGGAUUACAUGAAUCCCACCUUGGAGAACCGUGCUGAUAUGGGCCAAGUAUUAGCAAGCAUACAUGAGGCCAACGGGGAGGAACAGUGUGGGCAGCAUGAAGGUCUAGGAAAUGAUGUUGAAUGUUUUGAGCUUCGUGUUCAUUGUGCAGGAAACAGUUCUGAUGUGAGUGCAGGGUCUGCAGAAGAAGCAGGGUCCGAACAGGGUGAUGGGCUUUGGAACAAGUGUUUGAUGCCGUCAACUGAGGAAGCACCAGAUUUGGAGUUAAAAACACUACCUGAACACCUUGAGUAUGCCUUUUUGGGGGAAGAUACACAGCUUCCAAAUGAGUUAAUCCCCACGAGGACAGUGACUGGUUGGGGAGUCUGCAUUGAUUAUAGAAGACUAAAUCAUGUCACUCGGAAAGAUCACUUCCCUUUGCCCUUCAUUGACCAAAUGUUGGAGAGAUUAGCAAGACAUCAUUUCUAUUGUUUCCUUGAUGGCAUGUCUGGAUACUUUCAAAUUCCGAUAGCCCCAGAAGAUCAGGAGAAAACCACAUUUACUUGCCCUUAUGGUACCUUUGCUUAUAGAAGAAUGCCUUUCGGGUUGUGUAAUGCCCCUGCAACAUUUCAGCGUUGCAUGACGGCCAUUUUUGAUGAUUUUCUCGAAGAUAUUAUGGAAGUUUUCAUGGAUGACUUUUCAGUGUUCAGGGACUCUUUUGAUGCUUGCUUAAACAAUUUGGAAAGAGUAUUAGUGAAAUGUGAAGAGAUGAAUCUCGUCCUUAACUGGGAGAAGUAUCACUUUAUGGUGCAAGAAGGCAUUGUUCUGGGUUUUUACAGAAGGUUUAUUAAGAACUUUUCAAAAAUCUCACAACCGUUGACCAAACUUCUGGAAAAGGAUACCCCUUUUGACUUCGGGAAUGACUGUUUGAAUGCAUUCAAUGUAUUGAAAGAGAAGUUAGUGCAAGCACCAAUCCUGACAACACCGAAGUGGGAUGAGCCAUUUGAAGUCAUGUGUGAUGCGAGUGAUUAUGCAGUGGGAGCUGUUUUCGGGCAGAGAAGAAAUAAGCAAUUUCAACCGAUUUAUUAUGCUAGCAAGACCCUCACAAGUGCACAAGAGAAUUACACCACUACUGAAAAGGAAUUAUUAGCAGUAGUGUAUGCUUGUGAUAAAUUCAGACCAUAUCUCAACCUAUCUAAUGUCACCGUGUUCACAGAUCAUUCUGCACUCCGUUAUCUCAUGAACAAGGCAGAUGCGAAGCCGAGAUUGAUUCGGUGGAUAUUGUUAUUGCAAGAAUUCGAUAUGGAAAUCAAAGAUAAAAAGGGGACAAAGAAUGUGGUUGCCGAUCAUUUAUCGAGAUUAGAAGGUUGCGAGGGGCAAGAACCGACAAGCAAGGAAGUUAAUGAUUUCUUCCCCGAAGAACACUUGUAUGCGGUACAGGAAUCAGAAUCGGAAGAUACCCCCUGGUUUGCGGAUUUUGCAAAUUAUCUGUCAGGAAAGGUAUUGAAGCGGGGCUCAAGCUUUCAACAGAAGAAGAAAGAUGUAUGGGGAAUUAAUUUCAUGGGACCAUUUCCAAAGUCCAAUGGCAAUCAAUACAUUUUGGUAGAAGUUGACUAUGUUUCCAAGUGGGUGGAAGCCCAGGCUCUUCCAACUAAUGAUUCAAGAACUGUGGUAAAUUUUCUUAAGAAGUUAUUCGCUCGAUUCGGAACUCCAAGAAUUAUCAUUAGCGAUCGGGGAACACACUUUUGUAACACACAAUUAGAGAAAGUGUUAAAGCGUUAUGGAGUUCAUCAUCACCUUGCGACACCUUACCAUCCACAAACGAGUGGGCAAGUGGAGGUUACAAAUAGAGAGCUCAAGAGAAUCUUGACCAAAAUAGUGGAUCAAGGUAAACGAGAUUGGUCUGAAAGGUUGGACGACACACUUGGGGCUCAUAGAACAACAUACAAAACACCAAUAGGGACCACUCCUUAUAAUUUGGUGUAUGGAAAAUCUUGCCAUUUACCGGUGGAGUUAGAGCACAAAGCAUAUUGGGCAAUUAAAUUGAUGAAUUUUGACUUGUGCAAAUCUGGAGAGCAAUGAAUAUUACAUCUCAAUGAGCUUGAUGAAUUGAGGAUGAAGGCAUAUGAGAAUGCAAGGAUAUAUAAGGAAAGAAUUCGGAAGUGGCAUGACAAGCAUAUUAAAAUCCCAAAAGACUUCAAAGUCGGCGAUCAGGUGCUACUAUUCAAU